ACAACCGCUACUUGCCAAUUAUUCAGAAUAAUCCUCUCUGCACACUGAGAACCACCGACAGGACCAGAGACAUGUAAACAAGGCGAAUUUCAUAGAUUUGGGCCUUUAGACUUCAGGCAAAAUCUGCAGAAAUGGGCAAGCGAGAUAACAGAGUGGCAUACUUGAAUCCAAUAGCUGCUGCCAGAGCCAGAGGACCUGCACCCAACACCGGAACCACCAUUCAGGAUUAUCUCAGCAGACCUCGGCCAUCAUGGGAGGAGGUAAAAGAACAGCUGGAAAAGAAGAAAAAAGGCUCAAGAGCCCUGGCAGAUUUUGAGGACCGAAUGAAUGAGCGAUGGAAGAAGGAACUGGAGAAGAACAGGGAGAAAGUACUUGGUGGAGGUGAAAAGAAAGAAAAGGAAAAGAAGGAGAAAAAGAAGAAGGAGAAGAAAAAGUCCAGUAGGCAUUCUUCAUCUUCCUCCUCCUCCUCAUCGAGUUCUGAUUCCUCCUCCAGUUCCCACUCAGACUCUGAAGAUGAUGAUGAUAAGAAAAAUAUGAAAAAGAAGAAAAAGAGAAAAAGAUCCUGUGCCCGGAGAGCAUCUGAUGACUCAGACACGGAGUCCGAGACUGACAGCAGGGAGUCAUCCAAGAAAAAAAGGAAGAAAAUUGAUGGAGAGAAAGUCAAGGAUGAAAAGGAUGCUCGAAGGAAGAGGAAAGCUGAAAGGAGUCAAUCUGAGUCUUCAGACGAGUCUGAUGUAGACAGAGACGCUGAGCCCAAAAAAAAGAAACACAGUAGUGAAGAAAAGGAUAAAAUUACACUUCUGGAGAUUCUAGCAGAGAUGGAAUGUGUUGGAGUCGUCAUGUUUCUUCUGACGUGCAUCUUAUUUCUCUUCGUUCCUGGUACAGACUCUGAAUACAUUUCCCUGGAGCCCACGCAUCAUGGGAAAAGGGGCGACUCUAUGCUCCUCAAAGUUGAGACUCAUUUUGAUGUUCGGAAUGUAACGUUCCAGGGGACCUGGCAUAAAACUAACCCCAGUCUCACUCAUUUGGUCACUUUCACAGAGAACUCUGUCAUCCUAAAUAUGCUGCUGAAAAACAAUAUGGUGCUCAAUUUUCCUAAUGUCUCACUAUAUUUCAAGCAUCUGGAUGAGGACACACAGGGGGAAUAUGAGCUGAAGAUCAACAUCAACUUCCCAAAAAUCUCCGAACCAGUGACUGUCACUAAAAGAGUAACGGUCACAGUCAGCGUGCCUGUGUCCGUCCCCGUCAUUAGUAAGACCCCAGAAUCAGAAAUCGUGGAAGACAGGGACAAUGUGACGCUGAGUUGCUCAGUUGAACACGGGACAAAUGUACAGUUCGAAUGGCUAAAGGACGACUUUCUUGUUGGUCCAAGUGACCGGCAUACAUUCUCACAAGAUAAUCGGACGCUUGUAAUAAACCCUGUCAAGAAAGAAGACAUCGGUCGAUACGUUUGUGUGGCGAUAAACCCCAUUAGCAGUGCGCCAAGCAAGCAGGCUGAGCUCAGUGUGUGCUAUGGGCCUUAUAACCUGGCAGUAAAUUCUGACCAAUGUCUGAAAACUGAAGGCGUGUUCACAGUGAACCCUGGGGAAAUGGUCUUUUUUGAGUGUUAUGCGGACUCGAACCCUCCCAACACCUGCGCCUGGAUCUCUAUAACAAAGAACGACACAGAGGUUAUCAUGAUUGGGCCGCGGUUUGAAGUGAAGCCGUAUGAGUUACCUCAGAGUAAAGAGUUCUUGUGUAGAGCAUUCAACAAUGUGACGAAGAAGCAGGACGAGACCAAGUUCACACUGGUGGUGGCCAAAUUUAGAGGAACUUCGAGAUAUAUGCAGGAAGGGAGUGCACUGUCUCCAUUGACUUUUAUCACAAUCUUCUCAGUCGUCAUCAUUGUGUGUAUGAUGUUUGUGCUCCUACGGAAGAGCUGCCAUCCCAAAAGAAUGAUAAAGUCCAUCUACAAGCGGCCUAUGACAGAGCAGAGAGGACUGCACCGCUCCGGUCAUGAAGAUGCAACUGAAGACUUUGGCAUCUAUGAAUUUGUCUCUAUACCUGAGAAAAUGGAUUCAACACAGGCAUCCUGCAGGUCUUUGGCUCGGCUCGAUUCAGUCAGAGAUUUGCAUACCACCAUCUAUGAUGUCAUCAGACAUGUGCCUGAAACUCCUACACUGAGUCUUCUGAAGUGAGAGCGGUGGAUAUUCACGUGUGCUCAGAUGUAAAGAUGAAAUGCAAUUUUUUUUUUGCCAUUUUUUUCUCAGUCACACAUUUAAGCACAUUUUUUGCUUUACAGUUAUUCAUUUUUACACUUACUUUUUAUACUUCCUAAAAUCUGAAAAACACAACUUGUGCUGGGCACUUAUUGUUUUUUUUUUUUUUUUUAUGGUCUUUAAAAAAUAUAUAAGAAAGAUAACUUUGAGAUUUUAUUCUGUAGCAACAACAUGCUUAAUGAAAAACUAAGAGUAUUUAUAUAUAAAUACAGUUGUCGUCUUACACCGAUUAUCUUGCAUAAUGUAAAUAUGUAUGCAUUUUGUACUUUGAAACUGUAUUGUUUGCACACUGCAGUGUAUUCUGUGAUAUUGCUCAUUACAUUUUAGAGAUGCCACAUUUCAACAGACAUCUUCUAUUUUGUUUUCUGUGUUGCACCUGUUCACAUUUUAAACAUAGAUGCAUCCAUUUGUUAUUUGAAAAUAAAAGUUUUUAAAAAUA